UGUGUAAGUCUCCUGAUUAUGGGGAUGUGCAGUGUCUGAGUUUUCUUAUACAGCUCUGGUUUGUAUAGGAUGAUCCAGCACAGCUGGACUCUGGGUCAGGGUUUACCUUCAACCCCUACCCCAUGGAGAUCAACUUGUCCUGCAUCUGAUGCUGUCAGAAGGAGAGAGAGAGAGAGCCUUGGAGAUGAAAAGCACUAGUCCCUUUUGCAUGAGCCUGUGAAAAUUUCCUGAUGACCCUUGGAGUCGCCCACAGCUGGAAGGAGGACAGCGGCUGCAGCGAAAACAGACAUCUUCAUCAUCAUGGCAGCACCAGGAAACACGGCCAAUGGGGUGCUUCUGUUCAUGCCCCCAAACAGUGCUGGCAUCAUCCACCAAGACCAAGGAGUCUCCGGUGCCAUUUCCCAGAAUCCUGAGAUGAUGCAAUGUGGGCCUCAGCAGUUCACAGUCAUGAACCCUGGGAACCAACCUCUUGGGUCAAUGUACCCCGGGAGUCCCGCUGAACAGGUUGCGCAGCUAAGGAAAGUAGGGAUGAUGGAGAUAUUCCUCAAAGCACAGCCCAAGACCCUGGGGGCCAUCCAGAUCUUGAUUGGGCUGAUACACAUCGGCUUUGGAGGUGUCUCUACAAUUUUCAUUAAAUACAUUUACGUCUCUGGCAUCGUGGGGUACCCGUUCUGGGGAGGAAUUUUUUUCAUCAUUUCUGGAUCCCUCUCGGUUGCAGCUGAGAAUCGUGGCAACAUCUGUCUGGUGAGAAGCAGCCGGGGAGUGAACAGGACUAGCGCCCUCUUCUCAGCCAUUGGGAUCAUUCUCUUUCUAACGGAGCUGAUUUUUAAUGCAUCACAUUAUGACCACAAGGAUGAGGAAUACCAUUGGUUGAAUGCUGGGAAGGGGAUCACAGUCAUGCUGCUCUUGUUGUCCAUCCUGGAGUUCUCCAUCGCUGUCUCAACCUCGUACUUUGCAUCCCAAGCCAUCUGCUAUACUCCCAACACCGCCAUGUUGUUCAGGCCAUAUGCUGCCAAUGAAAACUUUGGGGUUCCCGCCGCACCAAUGCCCCCUCCACCACCUUACACCAAUGAGGCUUAUGACCCCAAAGAAGAGACUGAGCAAUGGGCCUCAUAAGGAACUCCUACAAGAGAUGGCUCCAGCAGCGGCUUCUCUGAGAAGUAAAAUCCAACCCCGUCCUGCAUCAUAGAUCUCAUUCCAUUUUCUGAGUGCAGUUCUAGUAUCCAGCUCCAUUGUUCAUCUUACAGGGAACUCAUUUCAGUCUGCUUCUCCCUGGCUCUGCACCAUUUGUAGAUCACACUACACAGAAUGAAAUAAGGUGAUAACUCACCAGCACUAUUCAGCCCCCCCAGGCUUUGGUCCUGAACAUUUCCCUUGGUGACUUUGUCAAUAAAGCUUCAAAAUGGAUCCUGAGUCAGUUUAAAGCACUUGUUCACAGAUGUGUGUCUGUGUGUGCAUGUGGCAUGCGUGUCUGCGUGUGCAUGUGGUGUAUUUGCAUGUAGUAUAAAGAUGUGGCAUGUGCGUACCCACAUGUAACUCUUACCACACACACAUGGUGGAACAUGAGUCCCCUUUCACUAGUGGCAUACAUCGCAAAAACGACUAUUGCAACUAGCACUAAUUUGCUUGUGUUGGGCCCUGACUCCUUUCACACACUUUCUUCCUUUGGAAUGUGACUGAUGCACGAAAAGCUUGUCUUCACAUACAGCGCUAGAGCUGCAUCGUUGUAGCGUUUUAGUGAAGACGCUCCUAAGUCAACGGGAGAGCGUCUCCUGUCAGCAAGGUUAAUCCACCUCCCCAAGAAGCAGUAGCUGUGUUGAUGGGAGACGCUCUCCCAUCGACACAGUGCUGUCUAUCUGGGUGGAUUAGGUUGAUAUAACUACAUCACUCAGAAGUUGGUGGAUUUUUCACACCCCUGAGUGAUGUAGUUAUACCGAUAUAAGUCUAUAGUGUAGACCUGGCCUAAGGCCAUUUAAGUUGACUUACUUGUUGUCGAUGAUCAUAAGCCACUUUAAUUACAUUGGUUGUGCACGUCCACACAACGCUCCUUGUGUUGGUGGAGUGCGUCCAUAGUCAUUGCUCUUGCAUCAACAGAGAGAGUGUUGUAUCAUGGGUAGCUAUCCCACUAUGCAAUUCACCACCCUCUGCCACUGAGACCUCUGGGAACAGAUCGCAGUGUAUCAUGGGGGCAUGCUCACCAUCCCAUGAUGUAUUUCUUUCCUCCCAUCAUUCCAUGGGCUUCUGAUUUCAUUUUGCACCAUUUUUCACCAGCCCUUGUAAACUACCGUAUGUGCCUGCCAUCUCUGCCUGAAAGCAAGGAAGUCUGGUGAUGAUCGUUAUGAACACAAUGUGGCUGGUCCUGCAGUAUUUCAUGAGCUGUAAAACAGAAAGUGAAUCAGAAACAUUACUGGGGUCUAUAUAGGGAUCAGUACUGGGACCAGUCCAGGGAUCAGUGCUUUGGCCUGUAUUGGGUCCAGUACUGGGAUCUAUUCUGGGAUCAGUGCUGGGACCAAUACUGGGAAAAGUACUGGGAGUAGUACUGGAGUCUGUACUGGGACCAGUCAUAGGACCAGUACUGGUGUCUGAACUGGGACCAGUACUGGGUUCUGUACUGAGACAAGUCAUGGGACCAGUACUGUGGUGUGUAUUGAGACCUUCACUGUUGUCUGUACUGGUCCCAGUAAUGGGACAAGCAAGUCAUUAACCUGUAUUAGACCAAAGUAUUACAGUCCUCUGGAGACUAAGCUAUUGUGUCAGAGGCAAAGAACAGGCGGGACCGAGAUCUCCCAAUCUCUGAGGCCCCUGCAGUGGCAGGGCAUAGAUUCAAUUAGAUACUUAAGGCACAGACUAGAAAUUUUCCAAUGGAACUUUUAUCCAUCAGUUGAAUGCCAAUUCAUCGAAAGCAAAACAUGGCAAUCUUGAUGACAUUUCAUUUAGAAAGUCACCAUGUUUCGAUCUUCUGUUUCACCAGGACAUUUCAUUUCAAUGCUUGUAUUUUAUGUUAUCUAAUAAAAUGUUUAAAAAGUCAAAAA